GAUUUACGUCGUGUAUAGAAAGGUCCCUAUAGAAACGUGUGUGGGUAAAGUAAACUGUCACUUUUUUUUUUUUUUUACGCAUGCUACCUAAUAUCGAUAAGGUUACACGCCGUCCUAUUCCGUUAUUUAUUUAUUUUAAAUCCCCGUUAUAUGUAACAGUUUGACAUUUGAACAUCUGUUCUGUAAAAAUCUCAAGUUUGGCGAAAUAACUGGGUUUUCAAUUCGUUGCCAGUUAUUGUAUUUGAUAGAAUAUCUGUCAAGUUGUGAUUCACAGAAGUGACUGGAUUUGGGUAGACAUGUCCGCAGAAAUGGACAAAGCAACUGAUGCAAGCGGGGGCGAUGAAGAAGAAUGGUUAUAUGGAGAUGAAAGUGAGGAGAAGGCCGAGGAAGAGGAAGAGGCACCUAAUAGUGCAAAGGCCCAGCCGACUGCUGAGGAGGUCCAUGAGAAUGGAGUAGUGAAGCAGGAUACAGGCCAGGAAGAUGAAGAAAGUGACAGUGACAGUGAGGAUGAUGAUGACGUGUGUGUAACCAUUGGCGAUAUAAAGACCGGAGGCUCGUCUCAGCCUUUCAAUGCUUUUGGAUCCACACCAGUUAAUCUCAACAUUAAGGCUACAGGGAGAACACAUGCAUCAGUUGGCCCCAAAGCCAAAGGAGUGGACCUGGAUGCACUGGGCAGUGUUAACGGAAUCCCUGUGUUGGAGGUCGACAUGGAGUCUUUUGAAGAAAAGCCGUGGAGAAAGCCUGGUUCGGACCUCUCGGACUACUUUAACUAUGGCUUUAACGAGGACACCUGGAAGACCUACUGUGAGAAACAGAGGAGACUACGCAUGGGGUAUGAGGGCAUGAACCACGCUUCAGCCACUAAAAUCAUGGUCCACCAGGGACGUUCAGCCCAUGGCGAUAGGGAUGGGGCCCUUUCCUGCUUUAGGUCUGACUACUCCUCCCCCAGCAACCACUACAAUUCAGGCUCCUCCAGUAGAAAGCCAUGCGGCACCAUUGACGUUAUUGGGGGACAAACUGCUACCAUCAGCAGGGUAGAGGGACGACGACGUCACAAUAUAGAAGGAAAUAACAUCCAGGUGCUUUCUGAGCCCCCCUCUGAUGCUGAGCCUACUCCCACUAAGAUGCCCCCCUUUUUUCCUCCCAACAUCCCCCCGCCUCCUUUCCCGCCUCCACCCCACAAUGUCAGCUCCGCCCCUCCACUCAUUCCUCCACCAAGGAUCCCCAUCAAUGUUCCUCCACCUGGCUACCCUCCUGGCGCACCACCUCCUUCUCUGAUUCCUACCUUAGACAGGCUGCACUACAGGGGGAGUAGGAUCAGGAGAGACAGAAGGAGAAAGGGUGGAGACAAUGACAUAAACAGGGACGAGCGAGAACACAGCUACUGCCCAACCAGACAGAAUGGAGCCAGGAGAACACACAGUGGACGCUCUGGAGGCUAUGAUGGUCGCUCAGCUCCACCGUACCCCCCCUUCCCUCCAGGUGUGUACCCUCCUCCUCCCCCGGGUAGCGCAGCAGCCUCCUGGGCCGGGGUAUUCGACAGUGCCAAGGCCUGGGAGUACUACGCGCAGCGGGACAACGAGCGAGAGCGCCACAAGGAAAGAGACAGAACCAGAGAACGCGGACACGAGAAAGAAAGAGAGAGGGAGAGAGAGCACAACACUUCCUCCCAGGUCGUCAACAGUGAGGAGGAUCGGCACCGGCACAGGGACUAUGGGGAGAGAGGAUACGACCGCCACCACCACGAGAGAUCCAGCAGAGAGAAAGAAGAGAGACACCGAGAGAAGAGACACCGAGACAAAGAGGAGGGGAGACACAAGUCCUCAAGCAGUAGCAGCAGGAGGAGACAUGAGAGUGAGGAGGGGGACAGUCAUCGAAGACACAAACACAAGAAAGUCAAGAGGAGCAGAGAGGACAAGGAGCCCAGCCAGGAACUCUCUGCUGACCAGGAGAACCAGUCAGAGCCCACAGAGUGAUUCUCUGUUCCUCUCACCAGCCAAUAUGGGGACCCGCUGUGACCCUCAGGCAUUCUGUUUAACAUAUCAGAGACUGGACUGCUCCUCUAAUAUAUUUCAGUUCACUUUGAAGGUGAAAAACCCAAAGCAUUGUUUUAUGUAUACGUUGUAUACAACUUGUAUAUUUUGAGUCAUCUGAGAGACGUGUUUUGUUUUAUUGAAUUUAAGAGAUAUGUUUGGAUAAAGGAGCUGACUGGACCUAA